UACCUCUGUACUGCUGCUUUUACCUUUAAGUUAAUCCAGAACUCAUCUAAGCCUGGAUCUGAGCAUGAUUUAAACACGGCAAGCACGAUGGGAACCACUAGAAAUAUCAGGAAGAAAACCUCAUAAAACAUGAUGUGAUAUCUACUGUUGGGGACAGGCCACAAGGUCCAGGGAAGACGGGGUGGCCUGAUCCAGAGACAGUGAUGAUGAGAUGUUGAGGAAUAAGCCGGAGGAGAGAAGCAACAGGCACCAUGGAAAAAAACAAAGCAAAGCAAGGAGAGAAUGAACAUAUGCCGGUGAAUAAUCCUUCCACACAAAUUUAUCAGUUACAGGCGCUGGCCUCUGAGCUGCAAACGGGUUUCACAGAGGCAAUGCAGGAACUGACAAGAAUUCAGCAUGGAGAAUAUGCUUUGGAAGAGAAGGUUAAGAGUUGCAAGUGCUCAAUGGAAGAAAAAGUUACUGAGAUGAAGAAUUCAUUAAACUAUUUCAAGGAAGAACUGAGCAAUGCUAUGUCAAUGAUCCAGGCCAUCACUUCAAAACAAGAAGAAAUGCAGCAGAAAAUUGAACAGCUUCAACAGGAGAAACGAAGAGAAUCUCGAAAAGUUAAAGCCAAGAAAGCUCAAAAAGAUGAGCAUGCGCCCCAGCCCGGACCUGCGCAAACACAAGGCAGUCCUUUCCGAUCCAUCAAUAUCCCGGAACCUGUGCUUCCAAGCGAGGACUACACAAACCUUUUACCUUCGCAGGCCUAUGACAAAGCUCAAGAGCCCAGACCCCUUCACGUUGGAGACAGCAACAUGAAGGGGAUGAUGGGUCCUGGAGUGAACCAGACAACUCCGGAAGCAGAAGAAAACCUCAAGUCUUGCAUUUCAUCUGAUAUCCAAUCCAAGAGCCAUCUCCCAUCUGGUGUGUGGAGGCAGCCUAAGGAUGGUAAAGAAUGGGGUGAGGAAUAUGUUACGAAAGACCACCCAGACAAGCUCAAAGAAGCUAGCCAGGGCAGACACAGCUCCUUGGAAAAUGUUUUAUGUGAAACUUCUUUAGCUGCGAAAAGACAGACUGUGGCUCUAGAACUCCUGGAAUCAGAAAGAAAAUAUGUGAUUAAUAUCUCUCUGAUCCUGAAGAUAAAGGCAACAUUCCAGGGGUCAGAUGGGAAGAGGAAUACCAAAGAGAGAAGCCUCUUCCCUGGCUCUUUACGGUAUCUUGUCCAGCAGCACCUGGAUCUGCUUCAUGCGCUGCAGGAAAGGGUCCUGAAGUGGCCACGCCAAGGAGUCCUUGGAGAUUUAUUCCUGAAAUUGACAAAUGAUGAGAACAAUUUCUUGGACUACUAUGUUGCCUACCUGAGGGACCUGCCUGAAUGCAUCUCUUUGGUUCAUGUUGUUGUGCUGAAGGAGGGUGAUGAAGAGAUUAAAUCUGACAUCUAUACACUGUUUUUUCACAUAGUCCAGCGCAUCCCAGAAUACCUGAUACAUUUGCAGAAUGUCCUGAAGUUCACGGAGCAAGAACACCCUGACUAUUACUUACUUCUCGUGUGUGUUCAGCGCCUCCGAGUAUUUAUCUCACACUACACCCUGCUGUUUCAAUGCAAUGAGGAUUUGCUUAUUCAGAAACGGAAAAAGCUCAAGAAGUCAUCCCUGGCAAAGCUGUACAAAGGCCUGGCUUCCCAAUGUGCAAAUGCUGGGCAAGACACUUCCUCCACCACAGGCCCUGAGGCUGUCCGGGACAGUGGGAUCCAUUCAGAAGAGAUGAUGCAACCCUACCCUUCUGCUCCUAGCUCUGGCCCUGCUGUCACACAUAUGCUGGCCCCCGCGAAGAAAAGCCAGCCACAGCAAAACCUGAUGGAGAGCAUGCAGCCCGGCAAGCCCAGUGACUGGGAGCUGGAGGGCCGAAAGCACGAGAGGCCCGAGAGCCUCCUGGCGCCCGCGCAGUUCUGUGCCGCCGAGCAGGACGUGAAGACGCUCGCCGGGCCCCUGCAGGCCAUCCCCGAGAUGGACUUCGAACCCGCGCCGGCCGAGCCGCUGGGCAACGUGGAGCGCUCCCUGCGCGCCCCAGCCGAGCUGCUGCCCGACGCCCGCGGCUUCGUGCCCGCUGGCUACGAGGAGUUCGAGUAUGGCGGCGAGAUCUUCGCGCUGCCCACGCCCUACGACGAGGAGCCCUUCCAGGCCCCGGCCCUCUUCGAGAACUGCUCGCCCGCCUCGUCCGAGUCCAGCCUGGACAUCUGCUUCCUGCGGCCCGUCAGCUUCGCCAAGGAGGCCGACAGGCCCGAGCACCCGCUGCAGAGGUCCCAAAGCGAAAAACAGACCUAUUUGGAAGUAAGGAGGGAGAUGCAUUUAGAAGACACCACCAGAUUCUGUCCCAAGGAAGAGCGAGAAAGUGAACAGACAUCUUUCAGCGAUCAAAACCCCAGGCAAGACCAGAAAGGGGGCUUUCGCAGCUCCUUCCGCAAGCUCUUUAAAAAGAAGUCCAGUGGAUCAGAAUACAGGGAAAAAACUAAUGAAAGCCCCUCAAUGGAUCCUUCACCCACCAAACAAGAUUUCUUCAGAAACCGACUUGCUCUUGCAAAUGACCUUGACCAAGGAACAGCUGUGUAAAAACAUACUUAAAGUGUUGUCAAGUGGUAAGAUGAGGACACAAAGCUUGUAUACAACUGUGCAGGAAUAUAUAUAUAUAUCAAUGUAUAAAUAAAUCCCUGAGGAGAACUAAUAUAAACAUUUACAUAUGAAACUAAUUCAACAGACAAGAUGUUGAAGAGAUGAAGAUUUGUUAGUCUUUGAUUAAGAGCCGGCUUUUUGAACUUCAACGUGUGGGGAAAGGGAAAUGAAGACUAACAGAGCAAUUAGACAACCACAGUGAAUCUGGAGGAAAAUAAACGUUUGUAAGAACAAAAUCUUCCACCUCGAAGUCUUUCCCCUA